AUGAAGAUCUCCGACGCCGCCACCAUGGCCGCUGCUGCCUUCCUCAUCUACGCGCUCGCGUGGACGGCCCGCGUCUCAGCCUCAGGUGGACCCCCCUCAACAUGCUGUCUGAGAGUUUCAGAAACAAGAUUACGUCUUGACAGAAUAAGGGACUACACAGUGCAGAACGCAGGCAUAUGUCCAGUGGAUGCCAUUGUGUUUCGGACCAAGAGGGGGAAGCGGGUUUGCUCUGAUCCGGAGAGAGACUGGGUGAAGAGGGCCAUGAAAACCGUGGACACAAAGAAAGAAGAGAGCAAAAGGAAGAAGGAAGAGACCACCACGACGGGCCAAACGAUUGCCCAAUCUCAAAAGAAACAGGGCGGGAAAAAGGAGGGGAAGGGCAAGGGGAAAGGGGGAGGCAAAGCGAGAAGGGGGGGAAAGCAACAGAGGGCUUCUCCCAAAUGAAACCCCAGGCAGAAGGGAGCUGACCCAUUCAGGGACAUAGUGCGCCAGGGCCCGCCGCAUGUCCAGGCAAACAUGUAGCUCUCUCCCACUUAAUCGCUCCCUGGUCCAGUCGGGCAAAACAAACCCCUCCU